CAUACAAUGGUCUCGAACGCGCAGGAGACCGACUGCGAUAACACUUUAUUAGUGAGCCCCGCCAUAGACAACCAAGACGACCUUGGAGCGCUCAUAGUUGACGAACUUGAUUCUAUUGGCGAUUUUGAGGUGGCCAGCAGCAAGAAACUCGGCGCGGGCGCCCCCCGCGGGCGCUUGCCUUCUCCUCGAAGCAAGCACGGCCGGGGCUACCUGCAGGCUUCUUCCUUAUACACUUUAGGACAGUUCAGCUGGGGAUGGUGGACUUACUUUGCAGCGAGCAGCCUGCUGCUUUUCCUGCUGUGCCUUGACCCGCAUUUCAACGCUCCGUCUGGGCUGCUAUCUCUAGAGCUGCUCACACGGAAGUCAUACAGACAUGGCUUUGACCCUUGCGCGUGGGACUAUGACGGAUCAUGGAAAGUGGGCGCGCUGUCGGGCGCAAGCCCGGUCAGGCUCAACAUCUCGGAGCGACCGCUCAUCACGUGUGCAACGGUGAUGAAUACUAGCGUCAGCUUUGUGGCGACUCCGUUCGUGCACAUUCCAACAGAUGACGACCACGCGGGCGCAGACAAGUCGCGAUGGCUGGCUUUCUACGAGAUGCGCAACCUGCGCACCUACAGCUCGGAGAUUGGCGUCGCUGCGUCCACCGACGCUGGCGCCAGCUGGCAGCACUUGGGCACGGCGCUGACCACCCGCGGCCGCUCCUUGUCCUCGCCCUUCGUGGUGUACGACAGCGCAGCAGGGCUGUACGUCAUGCUGCCUGACGUGGCGCCCAGCCCGCCCUCCGUCGUGCGGCCCAAGGGCGGCGGGCCGCCGCCGCAGCCGGAGGCACCAGGGCGCCUGCCCGUGUUCAUCACCACGCCGGAGCGGUUCCCAUUCGGCUGGGAGCCAGCGGAGCGGGGGGUGGAGCUGCGGGCGGCGGCGCCAGGCGGGCACCACCACCAUCAUCACCACCACCACCACAACCACAGCCACCACUACAACCACAGCCAUCACUACAACCAUAGCCACCACCACAACCACAGCCACCAUCAUCACCACCACCACCAUCACCACCACCACCGGCAUUUCAUGGGGAAGGCAGGGCCGGGUUCAGAAGCAGGCGCAGCCGCAGGCGCCGCAGCUGCGGGGCUGGAGUUGGCAACGGGGGGGUCAGAUGGGGGCGCCACAUCGCGGCGCAGUGCCUGGGCGGGGCAGGAGAGCUUCAGCGGCGAGGGGCAAGAGGCGGGCGGGUGGCAUGGCCAUCACGGCCAUCACGGCCAUCACCGGCAUCGCUGUCACAGCUUCCCCAUCGGCCUGGGCCACUUCCAGGGCACCGUGGCUGUGCGGCACCCGGGCGACGGCGGCGCCUGGUGGGUGUUCACCACACACGUGUCGCCGCCGCCGCUGCUGCAGCCCUGGCUGCCGCCCACCCUCACGCCGCUCAUCUACACCGUGCGGCCCAGCGCGGCAGCCGGCGGCAACAGCAGCAGCAAUAGCAGCAGCAGCAGUGGGGGUCUGCUGGACUCGGACUGGGUGCCCCACCCCGCCUCGGCGCGGCCGCCCGAAGUGCGGCCGCUGCUGUCCUGGGGCUGGCGGCGGCCGCCUCCUCCCCCGUCCGCCGCAGGACCAGACCCGCAGCACCCGCUGCGGUCCGCGGGCCGGCCCUUCAUGUGGCGCGGCGCGCUGCACCGCUGGGUGCACGCCUGCGAGGGCCACUGCGGCGACCGGCUCACGCUCAUGGCGGCGGAGGCGGCCAACGCCACCCACUUCGCCGAGCGCGAGGCCGCCGUCUACGUCCCCGCGGCCGACCGCUCCUGGCACGCGCGGCGGCUGGGCGGCGCCGAUGUGCAGCUGCUGCCGCCCGCAGCCGCCAGGCAGCAGCAGCUGCAGCAGCUGCGGGCCCAGGCGGCCGGGGGGGCCGCGGCGGCUGCAGGGGGGGCUGCGGGGGCUGCAGGGGCCGGGGAGGUGGGACCGGGCGAGGGCGAGGGCGCGGGCGCGGGGGAGGUGUGGUGGGGGCUGGUGUCGGGCGACCGCUACGCGGACGGCAGCCACCACUGGCUGGUGCGCGAGAGCUGGUGGGCGGAGCUCAAGGCGCAGCUGCGGCUGCUGGUGGCGGCGCAGCUGCUGCUGGGGCUCACGGGGCUGGCGCUGCAGACGUCAGCAGCAGCGGCGGCGGCAGCCGGCGCAGUGGCGGGCUCGCCAGGAGGGCACGGCGGCGGCGGGCUCAGCUCGCCGCGGGGGCUGGAGGCGGGUGGUGGGGUGCGGUCGCCGCGCAGCAGCUUGUCGGGCGUGGGGGGCGGGGGGCAGCUGGGGCCGUGCCGCGGGGGCGGCGCCGCGCACCGCAGCAGCUGCCGCGCCUGCCUGCACGCGGCGGCGGUGGCGAGUGCGGAGGUGUCGGCGUGGCGGGCCUGGCUGCCGCCGGCAGUAGCAGACAGCCCGGCGGUGGCGGCAGUAGCGGGCUGGAUGGAGCAGGCGGCGCGGCUGCUGCUGGCGGGGGCGGUGCGGCUGGUGGGGGCGUGGGACGCGGCGGAGGCGGCGGCGCGGCGCUUCGCGGCGCGGCCCCGUGUGCGGCUGACGGCGCACGUGGUGCUGGCGGCGGCGGCGGCGCUGCUGGCGGCGGCAGUGAUAAUGGUGGCGGCGCCGGGCGCGGUGCCGUGCCCGCGCUGGGCGGUGUCGGUGCGGCCGUUCAAGGCCUCGCCGCACUAUGUGCCGGAGCGGCCUUUCGUGGACCCCGCGGGGCCCUUCGACGUCUCCAACCUCACCAUCAUCAGCGGCUGCACGCAAAGCUUCAUGGACCGGCUGGAGAACCUGGUGGGCAGCCUGCAGCACUGGGAGCCCCACACGCCCAUCACCGUGUACGACCUGGGCUUCACCAGCCAGCAGCUGGCGGCCAUACGCUGCUGGCGCGGCGUGUCCGUGGUGCGCUUCCCCUACGAGGCCUACCCGCCGCACGUGCGCGAGAUCUCCACCUACGCCUUCAAGGGCCUGGUGUUCCAGCACGCCCUGGCGCGACACCCCGCCAUGCUGUGGCUGGACUGCGGCCUGGAGCUCGAGGCAGCCAACGGCUACACGGGGGUGAUCAUGGGCCUGUGCAACAGCCAUUACGUCAUGCUGCCCAUACCCCUGGUCACACAGGCGCCCCGGCGUGUGGACCCGUGGGGCAAGGCCUGGAACCGCCUUCGUGCCGACAACGGACAACCCAGCUUCCACCCCCCGCCCCCAGUGGGACGAGCCGCACAGCUCGCCGCCUCCCCCUCCUCCCCCUCCUCUGCCACAUCCUCCCCCUCCUCCUCCUCGGAUGCCGAGCCGGGUGCAGAGCAGCAGGAGCAGCUGGCGGCGGCGGCGGCGGUGGCGGCGGAGCGGGAGGCGGCGGCGCAGGCGGCGGCGGCGGCGGCGGCUGUAGCAGCGGCUGCCUCUGACCCGGUGAUGGUGUCGGGCUACGGCCGCCACCUCAACGGCACGCUAGCAGACGGCAGUAGCAUCGCCGGCGGUGGUAGCGGCGGCGGCAGUAGCCCUGCUGUUGAUAGCGGUGGCGAUGCCGCUAGCCCCACUGCUGCCGCCGCCGGCUCCGCCGCCGCCGCCGACCCUACCGCGAAGCCCGCCGCCGCCGCCGUCUCAGAUGACGUGGACGAGGACGUGGAUGCGGGUGUGGAUGCCCCCGCCGCGUCCGAGGGGGACGUGCACUUCAUGACGCGAGCAGGCGCCGAGCCGCAGCAGGGACCCAAGCUGUCGGCGGGUGCAGGCGGCGCGGGCGGCGCCAGCGGCCUAGGCCUGAUCGUGGGAGACCCGCAGGCCGCGACGCGGGCGGCGGCGGAGGCGGCGGCGGAGGCGGCGGAUGCAGGGCACCUGGCGGCGGCGGCACUGGGCCCGGCGGCGGCGCCAGAGCCGCCGGCGGCGACUGAGCUGCCCUGGCCCUCCGUGGGCCCUACAGCGUCGGUGCCGCUGCCAGCAGCAGCGGCAGCUGCUGCUGCUGCUGCUGCUGCCGACAAGGGCGGUGGUGAAAGACCGGGCACAGUAGCCGCCGCUGAGGCUGAGCCAAUAACGCCUGCUGCUGCCAAUGGGCCUGCUACUGCGCCGCCGCCUACUGCUACUGCCAAUAACGUAGUGCCCAUGAGUGGCGCGGGCAGUAGCAGCACCGACGGCAGGGGUCAGCAGCAGGACGGCGGUGCCGCUGUCACGGGAGCCAAGGCGGCCGCCGCCGCCAGCGGGGGGCAGCAGCAGCAGCAGCAGCAGCAGCAGCAGCAGCAGCAGCAGCAGCAGCAGCAGCAGCAGCAGGGCCGCCGGCGCCAGGGUGGAAAGGGCGGCGGCGGUGGCGGCGGUGCGAGCAGUCAUCACCACCACCACAGCAAGCCGCGACCGGGCGAGGGCGACUCGGAGUAGAUAGCGGGAGUUGAUAGCUACGGGGCGGACGUUUGACCAACAAUCAAUCAAGUUGAUAGUUGCAAUCGUGUGUUGCCGAAUGAAUGCGGAGCUGACGUAGCGUCCGUGUCGGACCCAUAGCCUGGGAGGUUGCAUGCGAACGCGGGGGCGGGGGAAGGGGCGGACAAGGCGUGUGCGGAGGGCCUUGAUGCAGGCUGCGUGUUAGGUGGCGGGCUAUUGAGGGACGUUGAGGCGUGUGCAGGGGUGGGCGUGUGGCUGCGGUGGUAGGUGGGUUCGUGUGGGGCAUGGGCCGCUCCUGUGCCCUGGAGCCGCCUGUGCGCUGUGCCUGCCCGGCUCUCAGUACUGA